GAGAAUGUUCAACGGCGGAGCGUGAAGCUGAAGGGCGUGCUGCAGCCCAUGGACCUGGGCACGCGCGGCACGAAGCUCUUCAUCGUCAACCCCAUGUACGCCUGCCCCUUCGAAGAGCGCCUCGGGGACUGGGGCGACGGCGGCAAGUGGACGUGCAUGAUACCGGGAAUCUUCCAGCGCAACACCACGGUCUAUAGCAUUGGCAGCCGGGGCUCGUUUGACUUCGAGGAGCAGUUCGCGAGGGCGCACGCGAGCUCCAUCUUCACAUUCGAUCCCUUCCUGAAGCCGGCGGUGGAGGAGCAGAUGCGCGCGCUGCCCUUCCUGCACUUCCGCGCCAUCGGGCUGUCAGGCGAGGCUGACGUGCAGACGUACCGGCGCAAGAACCCCACGAAGCUGUUUGUGACGCUGGCGCGCCUGCUGGCGCUGAUGAACCACACGUACGUGGACGUGUUCAAGAUCGACUGCGAGGGCUGCGAGCUGGAGGUGAUCAAGGACAUGACCGCCUCGUAUGGCUCCCAGCCCGCCAAGCUCGCCAUCCAUGGAGGCGCCCUGCCGUUUGGGCAGAUCCUCAUGGAGUUCCACCACCUACACAAGCCCGCACUUCUUCUCCCUGCACUGUACGCACUGGAAAAUCUUGGGUAUCGCAUGUUCCAUGCGGAGUUCAACGCAAUCUGCCUGAACUGCGUGGAGAUCAGCUUCAUCCAUGAAGGGCUUGUCAAGCCAUCAAAUCCUGAUAGUUGCUCAUUUCGAGAAGGGAAUUGA